AUGAUGGAUGUAUUCAAAAAUUCUCAUAAACCUUUUGAUUUACUACCGGAUGAAAUGGUUGUAAACACACUAAGCUUUAUCGAUGCAGACACCCUUUUGGAUUGCAGACUUGUGUGCAAAAGAUGGCGAGAACUUAUAGAUGCAUAUGUAUUUCAAGAAAAAGCUUCACGAGAAAAUGAAUUUGUGAAUAACGGUCGAGGGUACUACAGUUUUUCCCAAGUUGAAUCAUCUAGUAUCAGAAAACUAGAAUUGCCAUGGUACGUGUUUUAUGUUAUAUGCAAAUAUGAUCCAUUCAAUAGAAAUUUAGUGAAAAACCAUUGUGGACAAAAUGAAUACAAACACUGGGAAAGAUAUGAUCAUAGUUUGUGGAUUAUUGAACAAACACCACAAGGAUCACCUUUAUUACCUGAUGAUCCUGACUUUGAUGGGCAUACAAGCUGUUUUGUAUCAUCGUUUCGAUUAUGUUCCAAGAGUCAAAGAAUUAUAUUCAAAAAUUAUGGUUUGAAUGAUACUGUGAUGAAAACUCUUCAACCUGAAAUUUCAGUUAGUGAAUGGUAUAAUAGUCGCUUUGAUUGUGGAUGCAAAUAUGUAUUAAGAGCUACUGUUUUUGAUGGAAAUGGUGAACUAAUAGAACAACACAAUUACAAUGAUGUUUUACCUCAGUGGGGGGAUAAUAUUUGGACAAAAGCAUCACAUUCAUUCAAAAAUCAGAGCAAUGCAUCUUACUUAAUACUAUAUCAUUCUGGAGUAGACACACAGUUUUGGGCUGGUCACUAUGGUACUAAAAUAUCUGGCUCUGUAGUAAAAAUUUUGCUACCAAUCAAAUUUAAAUGUGCUGCCGAGGCUUAG